AUGUUUUGCAGCGGCAAAGACAGCGCGCGUGAGUGUAUCUCUGUUCACGUGGGCCAGGCUGGAGUCCAGAUGGGCAACACCUGUUGGGAGCUGUACUGCCGGCAUGGGAUCCAGCCGGACGGACAGAUGCCCAGUGACAAGCCCACAGGUAACCUCGACAACUCCUUCACCACCUUCUUCAGCGCCACGGGCACCGGAAAGUACGUGCCACGCGCCAUCUUCGUCGACCUGGAGCCCACCGUUAUCGAUGAGGUGAGGACAGGCACCUACCGCCAGCUGUUCCACCCUGAGCAGCUCAUCUCAGGCAAGGAGGAUGCUGCCAACAACUACGCCCGCGGUCACUACACCAUCGGCAAGGAGAUCAUUGACACCAUCCUGGACAGGAUCCGUAAACUGGUAAGAACGAUUAAAGAAUGA